CGGGGUGCGAGGAGGGAGUUAGCGGUCAUGGUGGUCGGCGGGCUGGAGGCGGCGGUGGAGCUGGCGCCGGGGGAAGCCCGCGGGAGCAGUGCAGAGAGAGGGCAUGCAGAUGGUCAGCCUGUGGUGAUCCUUCUAGGUUGGGCAGGCUGCCAGGACAAAUACCUGGCUAAGUACAGCGCAAUCUACAGUCAGAAGGGGUGCAGUGUCAUCCGCUACUGUGCUCCAUGGAGGAUGAUAUUCUUCGCUGAGAGCUUUGGCAUCAGAUCCCUCCAGACCCCAGCCAGGAGACUCCUGGAGCUGCUUUUUGACUACAGCAUUGAAAACAGACCAGUUCUUUUUCACGUUUUUAGCAAUGGUGGUGUCAUGCUCUACCGUUACAUCAUCGAGGCCCUCCACACUCAGAUGCCAUUCAAGACCCUCAAAGUAGCAGGCACCAUUUUUGAUAGUGCCCCUGGCAGAAGAAACUUGAGAGGAGCCCUUCGUGCCUUGGCAACUAUCCUGGCAACCACCAAUGUCCUGCUCAAGUAUCUCCUCUUGUUCACUUUUGCUACUUCAGCUGUCGUGCUGCGGAUCGUGCUGUACCCACUGACCCGCUUCCUCCACGAGAGCCAUUACGAUGCCAUGCUGAAAGCUCCCUCUCGUUGGCCUGAGCUUUACCUCUUUUCCCAAGCAGAUGCCAUCAUCAAGGCCAGCGACGUGAAGGACAUGGCUGAUGCCAGGCAGAAGCUGGGUGUCUCCGUGAAAGCUGUAGACUUCUCGGAUUCAGCUCACGUCAGCCAUUUUCGGGUGUAUCCCGCCUAUUACAGCAGGCUCUGUACCACUUUCCUGUCUGACUGUGUUGAGGGCUCACUUCGUUAGUGGUUUAAUGGCCUCCAGUGGUUGUCUCUGCUUUGCUCAGCUGGUUUGGGAAAUGCUUUUUCUGUCUUUGAAGGGAGGAAAUUAGAGACUUCUUAGCUUUUGUUUUUUUCUUUCACCAUCUGUGAGUCUGAAAGUGUCCAGCAGAAAGUUACAGCAGAAAGCUGAUGGGGAUUAAUUUAAACUAUUAAAGGUGACAUCCUAGCCUGGUUGAAAUUGGUGUGCUUCACCAAGGUGUCAGACCAGAAUUUCACAUGGAGUGUUAUUUGUUUCUUCCUGCCUCCUGUUGUUCUUUGCUUAUCAUAUUGUCUCCUUGUCUGUGAUGUCCAGUGUGCAUGCUGUGUUGCCUUGUACUAAUUUUACAAUACAUCUCUUGUUUGCUGUUUUUUUCUCCGCUAUUUCUUUUAUCUUGCAGUGAGCAAAGAGAAGCAGCUCUGCAGGACUUUUCUCUUGGUGCAUCACAGCUUGUUUCCUCCCUUGUUGGAGAUCAAGCCCGGAAACCCCAAAUGUAAGGCCUGGAAAAGUGUGUGCAGAACUGUAUGCCCAGGCUGUCAUCUGGUUCCAUUCAACAGCUGAGAUAGAGCAGUCAAGGCAGCUUUGAUCCUUGGUGGGAGCUCAAAUGAUUGUGAUAACUUUUGUGUUCUUCAACCAAAAGAUUUAAGUUAAUGUUUCUGAAUGUGUCCUGUGUUUUGUUUCUCUUCCUUCCAGUCUUUUGUGUGCUCUCCUGAGUAGUUUUGCUUUCUUGGGGAACUGCUUAUUUAUUGCUGUAUGUCUUUGAGCAGCCUGCAUUGUGUAUCUGGAAAUGCAGGGGAACUGGCACAGCUGUAACACAAAGACCUCAGAAACAGAAAGGUGGAACUGCAGAGAAAAAUGAAACUGUCUGUUGGAGCUAUGAUUUAUAAUCGGUGUUUCUCAAAUCACUUCCAGCUCACAAAUGACGGUGAAAUUCAAUGUUUUUCCCCAUAAUGUUUUCUUCAGAUGAUCAGUCUGCUGUCUGUGUGGCUUGUACUAGUAAUACAAAAAAUUAAUUCCUUCCACCUAGUGAAAAAGUAGUUCAUUGCUCUGCAAUUCAACCACUUUUGGUUUUCUUGUUUAUUUGAGGAAGGUGCAGGGAUAAAGGCAGAGGAGAGCCUGCUACUAUGUUAAUGCCACGUCACAGUAUUGCAAGCUAAUUAAUAAUGUGGUGGAUGGGAUUAACCAGCUUUAAAUUCCCAAAGAUUGUCAGGAACAGGCUCUGCAGGGCUGUGGUGAGCCUGUUUGAACAAGGAGCUGUCUUUGAGAGGUCAGAAUAUAAGCACGAAGAUUUUUACAGAUGUUUGCUGCCUGUGGGCUGCUGUGCUGUGCUUGUCUUGCCCACCUUUUAGGUGCUGUCACCCACAGAUACAAAGCACUUGCAGUUCUGAUUUGAAAUGCUGAGAGGAGGGAGGGUUCUUGGAAAGUGCUGAAAUCAUUUGGAAGUUUAAAACAAGAACCAGAACACCACACAGAAGUGGAAGCAGAGGGUGAGUUGUCAUCAGUGGCCAGCACAGCUGUUCUUACCAGACUGGUGUGGCACUGUUGCUUUAAAGCAGAGAAUAACCCCGUGCUGGACAUAGUUUUGAAAGGUGGUCUGGGGUGUUUAGUACAAGGGCAGAAUUGGCUGAAAAGGGCCUGAUGGCCUAGUUUAUCUUCAGGUUUUUUUAAAGUGAAAAUUGGCUGCAGGCACUGGAGCCCUUGUUGCCUGGGGUCCAGUCUCAGUAGGUGAUUACAGUUUCAAUUUUCACUGUGACACUGAGCUGUGAGGGCUCCCCUGCAGUAAGACAGCCAACAGCCUGCAGCUUUUUGUGAAGAAAUUCUCAUUCUGAAGACUUGUCUCUCCUAUCCCCAUAAGAGAUCUCCCAGCUUUCUAAAGCAGGGCCCUGGUUUGUACUGUCAAGAGUUGUAACUCCUGAGCUGUGACCUGUUUGCCCACCCUCCUGGAGAGCUGGGGGCUGUGUCUUCUGAGCAUCCAGCCUGUUUGUGUUGCUGUGAACUCUGUAGGAGCAGAGGUGAUAAAGGUUAUUUAACUGGCACUUGCCUUCAUGCUGGUUUCUGUGGGUUUGGUAUCUACAGAACAGUUAAACACUGCAGUCCACACCAUUGAAUUAACACAGUUGUGCUGGGAUGGGAAUCCGCUGUUUUCCUUUAUUGCCUGGGGACUCGGGCUGGCAGGACCUGGAGGCAAACCCUCCAUCCCUCUGCAAUGGGAUGGAGGUAAACCCUCCAGGAUGAAUCUUGCACAUUGUCAGCCACAGCUUCCAUCCACACCUUCACCUCCCCACUGUGUGACUCCAGCUGCUCCCCCAGCUCAGUUAAGCUCUGGCCCACCUCUGCUUCCCAGAGAGCAGGCAGGGAGUGGGUGCUGCUGGAGGUGCCCUGUUCUGUGCAAGGGGAACCAGCUCACACGCAUUUCCACUGCUGCAAAACAUACUUGAAAUUCAGGGCUAGUUCAUGUACACACCUCUCUAAGAGCAGGGGGGGGGUGGGUGGGUAUCUCCAGCAAGCUGAUGAUUUACAGAGAAAGUCAUCAGCACUGGUCUUCCAGGUGGGUUUCAUUUUCCAUGUCCCAGCAAUUAAUGUCCCAGUUUUGAUGAUGAUUAUGAGCAGUGUGUUAAAUGUUUUGUGUGAUAUAUUGCCCUCUUCUUUCCUGCAUGGCAGGUAUGCUCCUCCCUCUUUGCCCUCUUUAUUUGUGUUGCUUGUUAUUUGAAACAGAAGGCUAAGAACUUGGAGCCUGAAGGCACAUAUUCAAGAACUGAUCUGAGUACUACUGGAUUUAAAAAAAAAAUAGCUUCAAACUCUUAACUGUUCCUAAACUGUCACAGUUUGGUGCAGCCUGAACACAUCCUAACCUUUGGCUUUCAAUCUUGGCAAAUCCAAAUAAAUCUCUGCAGUGAGCUCUGGCAGUGGUAUUGCAGAUCUGCUCUGUGGAUCCCUGGGCUUGCCUUGUGGCUAAGGAGUAGGCUGUGGCAUAGGUGAUCCCAGAGCUCGUUUUCCUGCAGUCCAGCCCUUGUGCAUGGAGCAUUGUGGAUGAAACACUAGUGGUGGUGGGAGAGGAACUGCUGCCACUGCCCAUUUCCCAGCUCAGCUGGUUUUGCAAGAACACAAAAUAACCUCACCAAAAAAAGCCAUUUGUGAGUGAUUCCUGUAAGGAAGCUAGCUUCCACAUCACUCCCCUCUGCUUCCUUCUCUCCUCUGGCAUUGUCUCUCCCCUGGUAAUGUUAGGGGAAGCUUUUUUUACCUUAAAAAAAGCCACUUAGUCAGUGGUCAGGUGCCAUUAAUUCUAAUCUGAACAAAGCUGGCCUGUGCCCACACCUAAGCACAGGUGUGCCAGGGGAGAUUUAGGUUGGAUAUUAGACAAAAUUUAUUCCCUGAAAGGGUUGUCAAGACACUGGACUGUGCUGCCUAGGGAAGUGAUUGAGUCACCAUCCCUGAAGGUAUUCAAAAGAUGUAUAGAUGUGGUGAUUAGGGACAUGGUUUAAUGGUGGACUUGGCAGUGCUGGGUUAGCAGUUGCACUUCAUGAUCUUAAAGGUCUUUUCCAAACAAAGAGACUGUAUAAGGCUAUUCUGUCAUUCUAAUAAAGGUGUUUUAAGUC